AUGGCAUCACUCUCUCCAUCGUCUUCACCUGAUUCUGCCACAGGCUCAGGUACCGACCCAACUCGGCCUGAUACAGGAGAGCCUCUCCGCGGAGGAUCAGACUCCGACUCAGAUCUAGGAUUAGGGAAAUUCUACUGCGGUGUAGAUGACCCGGGUCAUCGACUGGAAGGGGAGGAAUUUGAACACGAAUUUGAGGCAGCGGCAGACCGUCUCCGAGAUCUAGUUCAGACGGCUAGUAGGGAACAAUUGUUGUACCUGUAUGCUAGGUAUAAACAGGUAAAGGUUGGAAAGUGCAAUACAGCAAAGCCUGGGUUUUUCGAUUUUGAAGGUCAAAGAAAAUGGACAGCAUGGAAGCAGCUUGAGGACAUGAGUGCAGAACAGGCCAUGCAGGAGUACGUUUCGUGUGUAACUUCACAAGACCCAGACAGCAGUCAGAAGGCAUCAGAGAGAAGAGAGCGUAGGACAGGAUUUGGACGCCCAGCAGUCAGUUCCCUCUACCAAGAAGAAAUGAUAAGGGAAGAAGACAGGAACAUAUUUGACUACUGCAGAGAAAACAACAUAGAACACAUUACCACGGCUAUCAGUUCCAAGAAUGUGGAUGUCAACGCAAAAGAUGAAGAGGGCCGGAAUUUGCUGCACUGGGCCUGUGACAGAGGACACAAAGACCUGGUGUCUGUGUUACUGCAAAACAGUGCUGGCAUUAACAGUCAGGAUGACGAGGGCCAGACAGCGUUACACUAUGCGUCUGCGUGUGAGUUUGCUGACGUAGUGGAACUGCUUCUACAGGCUGGGGCAGACCCUUCCAUGAAGGACCAGGAGGGCUCUCUGCCUGAGGAGGUCACUGAAUCCAGCUCCAUCUCCUCACUGUUGCGCCAGUACACCGCCCCCAAGGGCUAGGCCCAGCUUCGCCAUCCCCUCCCCUCCAGCCGGUGCCCAUCCCAUCCUAGACCUAGCAUCCAGCUCUCUCAGUAAUGGUCAUCACACUCUGAAAGUGCAACCCACCACUUCAUCAUCUCUCAUGUCCCAUUCCAAGGAAUGCAUCCAUCAUCAUCGCUAUUAAAGAAAUUAGUUUCUCUCUGACUUUUUCCGACCACCUCCUUUGAUGACACGACAGUCAUGUUUGCACUUCGGAUUUUGUGUUGUGUUUCCUGAUUAUUAUUAUUUUUGAAAGACAUUUGGAUAGCAUAUGUAUAUUGGUAAAAAAAAAAUAAAAAGAGAUAUAACUUCCAAAGAAGUUUACCUAUUAUUACCUCUCUAGUCUGACUGCUUAUUUAGCAUUUUAGUUGGUAUCAUCCUUGCAUAUAUAGAUCUGGACAAGAAAAUACAAAUUCAACCUAUAUUUGUCCAAAAAUAAACUUAGAAUAUGCAAUUUUAUAUUCAGAUGGAGCAUGGAGAAAUCUAGCUAAAAGUUAUUCCAUGAUAACUAACGUAACCAUAGCAGCACACCGAUCAAAUUGCCUGGCCAGGCCUCUUCAUUUGAGGGAACUCUUUGUCCACAUCCUGUCUCCCUUGGCCCACCCCACAUACCCACACCCUCUAUUAUGUCACUUAAGAUAUAUUUGGAUGUUCUCCAAAUAGCCAACACAUGGGCUGCCUCCAAAUCUGCUUUAGUUUUUCGUAAGCUCUUCUGAUCAGAGCAGUCUCUUUGGCACCCCCUCCCUCCCACCUGAUGAGAAUACUAAAUCUGGAAUCUCAGCUCUUAACUACAGCUUGAUAAAGAAGCUAAUGCACAUUUGAACAAACAAUGGGGACAUGCUGUAAUCCCUCUCUCUGAACACGAGGCAUUAAAUAACAGUCACCAAAAAGAGUCCUGCUGCGGCUGACUGCUGUCUGUCACCAUGGCCCCAGCAUACAGAACAGAGAUGGUCCAGCCCAGACAGUCUGCUCUGUUGCAGUAUCACUGAGAGAGAAAGCAUUGUUAUGCAUUCCCUACACAACCAGGAAUUAUGCUGUCGGUAUAUUUCAAAAGGAUGUUUCGCCCAUUUUCCAGUAAUUUCCUAAAUCCUGAUCGGGUUGGAGUAGUAGUCGGUGACGGCAUGCUCCCCAGGCAUGUCUGCACAACUGUGACACUAAGCCCAUUAUGUUUCCAUUAUGGGCCUCCAUUUUCUCUGAGCUUUUCACUUUUGACACUGCCUCCUCUCAAAUCGCAGCCCAUAUUGCUCAACCUUCUUUACUUAACGUUUGUGCAUUUUUACAAGUCGCCUCUCUAUGGUUCUCUAACACCAUUAGUGACAGAUGGCCAAGGUUUGUUACAGAGAUGAACUGGAGCACUUUCCUCUCCCUCUCUUACUCUCCCCAGUCUGGUGGUUAAAAGCAGUGGCAUGUCAUUGUACUGGCCAAUUCUUAAUGCAAUCCGCUUGCUAGUCCCCAGAACAGUAUUGCUUGAAAUUCAACAGUAAGCAAAAUCUCAGCUCUGCUGUUGAAAUGCAUCCCUCUAAUAUCUUCAAGAGGACUCGAUAAGUCUCUUGCUGCAAGCCGUGUGUUUAGUGCAUGAUUAACAAGCAUUGCCGUCUGCUGCUACUCAAGGCGAUAGUGAUCAAAGCUGCUACACAGACACUCAAGUGUCUAUAUGGUUCUUCUCCUCAGAAUGUUCUUAUGCAACACCUCAGCAGACACUGAAGGCAAUAUCCUGUUAACGACCCUCCCUCUCUCUAAUUAUAUUAUAUGUGCAUCUCAUUUCUGCUAUAAUGACCCAGUGAAACAAACCUAAUUUCACUUCAAACAGAAGAACAACCUUGAAGUUGUCAUUGAAAGGUCUCUCUGUGACUCAAACCCUUUUAAAGCUACACUCUGUCAUGGCAGCCAUUGCUCAACAUUAAAAUAAACCAUAAUUUUAGGAGACAAAUAUCCUGUCUUGAUGUCCAAGAUUAAGUUUAGUCUGAACCAAAUAUCUAUUUACAUGUUAAUGUAUUUCUUUCCAUCAGAAGGAACACAGAAUUGUUACCUUCAGGAAGUUUGUAAUAAAAGCCUCAGAUCGAUGAUAAUGGCAUUUGUGCUUGUGUUUGUCAUCUUUGCAAAAGCAACAGUGCAGGAAUUUCCCAGAUUUAUUUGUAUACUAGUGCUGUAAGUGCCGUGUAAAUUAUCCUAACUGUCUUUGUCGCUGUUUAUCUUUGUAAGGCAGCACUAUUAAAGGCUAUCCAUUA